AUGGAAGUGCAGUUGGCAGAUGGACUUGCCGGGCUCUUUGGGGCGUGGGGUUUCAACAAAGCUUUCAUGAGGAACUGGUUGGCGCAUCAGAAUCUUCCAGAUGAGGAGAUGCGUGACAUCCCAAAUCCCUGGAACGAAAUGCAAUUGCACAUCAGCUACAAAUUCGCACAGGCAUUUUCCGUGAUCGGCCUUGGCAUAGGAUUGGUGAUGACUCGCAAGCCCAAUCGCUAUCGGAAGAUUGGGCAGGCCACGCUCCUUGGGAGUUGCUUUGGUGCCGGUCCUGCAGGCUUUGCUGCAUGGCACUUCAAGAGUUCCACAUUGAAUGAGGAGGAGAUUUACGACAGAGCCUAUCGUUUGCGCUACAAUCGGCACCAGAUCCGCGUCGAUCAAGGCUUCGAGUUCGGAAACAUCCUGGGACUCGUGGCUGGUUUCCUCGUCUCGCGAGGUAGCCUGGGAGCUGCCUUGGCAGAUGCUGGUCUGGUGGGAGCUCUUGGGAUGUUUGGCGCUAUGAGUUACAUCGCCUACGCCAAGCCUGACAAACUCACCUGGUGA